AUGAUGAGCCCCAAGAAGCUAAUGAAGAUUGCAAGGAAGUGGGAAAAACUAGCAUCUUCCGGCAGGAAAAGAAUUUCGCAUCCGGGAGAUAAUGUGGAGGUGAAUUCAUCAUUAGCACCAGAGAAGGGGCAUUUUGUCAUCUACACGGCCGAUGGUGGGCGUUUCACUAUUCCUUUGCAUUGUCUCCAUAGCAAUAUCUUCCAAGAGCUCUUCAAGAUGUCUGAACAAGAGUUUGGUUUGUCAGGGGACGGUCCUAUCAUUGUGCCCUGUGAUGCAGCUUCCAUGGAGUACAUAGUCUUGUUAGUGCGGAGAUGCAUAGCCAUAGACAUAGAAAAAGCUUUGCUCAAUUGUGUUGCGUUCACUCCGUGCUCGUUGGCUGCUGCUGUUCAUACCAAAUGUGUGGUUCAGCAAGUUCCUUCUCUUGGCUAG